AUGAGUUCUUGUUUUGUACCGAACGGGGCCAGUUUGGAGGAUUGCCAUUCCAAUCUAUUCUGUCUGGUAAGAGAUUUAAAACUAUAGGAAAAGCAGCCAUUUUUAACUAGCUGAAGAGAGCAAAAACGGUAGCCACAACAGUGGGAAAGCAGGUGUAGGGCCUGUCGAGCACUGCAAUUCAGACAUCAUUCACCAAGGCAAUGUUUAUUUGCAUACUACGAAGUUGUGCAAGAUUAAGUAAUAAUAGGGUUAUCUGUCACUUGCAGCUGCAUGCAUGCUUGUGUUUGCCAUCAUAAAUGUUCAGUUUGAUCAUACUAAAUGCAUUCCAGCCAUGAGAGGUUAGGCAAUAAAAGUGCAACUAAUGUAAUGUGUGUUGAUAAACAUCUUAGCCAACUAGCUAUAACUAGUAACACUGAAUACCAAGCAUGAUACAUGUUUGUGCUCAUCUAGUUUACUUGGUUGAAGUAACGUUGGGCUUUUUAUCGAAUGCAUUGUGCAGCAUGUUUACGUGACCUAAAAAUAAACCCAAACAGUUUGCUAGCCUGCUAACUAGUUUGCAAUGUCGUUCAUUUGCACAAAUAGCAAGUUAGCUAAAUUGCAGACACAUUUACAUUCGGUCAUGGAAUGCAAAGUAAAGGCUCGUGAACAUUGGCUUCUAAUUUCAACUCCCAUGUUCAAUCAAUGAAUUAAUCAUGUUGUUCUUGUCAGUUGGCCGGUGUAGUUGUUCAGAUACAUUGCUUGCUACAUUGUUUCCUUUAAAGUAGCCAAUGAAGAGCUUAGUUAGUGAAACAGGGUAGCCUAUUCGCGGGCUUACAUACAGUACUUUCCCUUUGAAGUUGUCAAGUUUGCUUGCCAAUCAUUUGUUGUUUACACUCUUGGCUCGCGCAUACCUAACGGAGGCACGGGCUGAAAUAUUAAUAAACAAGAAUGUACUCUUGGCUAUUGUUAGUGCAUGAUAUACUUUAGGACUUAGUUCCCGUCUGGCAAGUUUUCAGUUGAAUACAUUGUUCAUGACAGAUUAAUUGUUUGAUUUUUUUGUGUAUUUAUUUUUCUGUCUUAGUUCUCAUAGUGCUGAUUGAUACUGUUGCUAGUCAGUCGUAAACAAUUGAAUUAUAUAGCUAUCAUAAACACAUACAACCAACAGUACCUAAUAUAUUUUGGUUAUAGCCUACUAUUACGACUGAAGGAAAAAGCUCACACGUCCCCUCUUGUCCCUGGCACUACUACUACUCGCUAGAACAAUCUAGGAGUUUCUCAGUAGUGCACUAACUAUAGGUUUGCAUCAAUGCAUUGUAUUUUUUUCUGUACAAUAUGCAUUGCAUGACAUAUGUUAACAAUUCCCCUUCAUGAAGGUUAAAUUAAUAAAUCAUGAUACACUUUGGACAUUGAUAGACAUGAACUGUCCUUUUCCAAAGCAUUUGACAGUAGAGCUGAAUGAACAGGAGAGGCUAUGAGGCUAGUAGUGAAUGACUGGCUGCUGUAUUGCAAUAGCAGGGAGACAUUUUACUGCAUACUGAGACUAAGCAUGAUACCAGUGCUGCUGUUCACGGUCAUGUAUGACUCGCACACUAACCAGACUUAGUGGUUUUAGGCUGAAAGAAUGCAGUGAACAGUGGCACUUUCCCCAUAACUUUAAACAGUUCUCAGGAGUCUUAUAGCAAUGUUUUCUGUACAAUUAUUGUUUGUAUUUGAAGUUAAGCAGAUUUUGCUUGCAAAUGUGUGGGUGGUGAAGUUUGAAGAUUAGUUAUUAUGUGUGUAUAACACAUGCAUUUCAUAAAUCAAGUCACAUCACAACUGCCCUGCUAGACUAGUGUCUCUUGGCAGUCUAAGUUCUCACCCUUGUGUAGAAGAAAGUAAUUGUAGGGCUCAUCAAACUCCUUUCGGGCUGGGCAGGAUUAGAACAAAAACCAACACUGCAGCAGCGACAAAUGCUGUGCAGAAGGAAAGGCUGGGCGAGACAAGAGAGUAGACCAAGUGGAUUUGCAUUUCUCUGGAGUUCUCCAAGAUGCAAACACUUGUUAACUAGUUUCAUGUGUUGCAGCCGGAGGGUGAGGCCUUGACAGAGAGUAUCUGGUAGUGGUGGUGGGGUGUCUAUCCGUCUGCUCAGGAAUGAUUUGAGCAACUUCACCUGUUGCCUGUCUCUGGCCUGGGAGGGAGACUGGCCUGGGAGAGAGACUGGCCUGGGAGAGAGACUGGCAGGAAGGGAAAGGAAAGGGGGAUACCUAGUCAGUUGUACAACUGAAUGCAUUCAACUGAAAUGUGUCUCCCGCAUUUAACCCAACCCCUCUAAAUCAGAGAGGUGCGGGGGGCUGCCUUAAUCGACUUCCACGUCAUCGGCGCACAGGGAACAGUGAGUUAACUGCCUUGCUCAGGGGCAGAACGACAGAUUUUUACCUUGUCAGCUCGGGAAUUCGAUCCAGCAACCUUUCCAAAUCAAAUCAAAAAAUCAAAUCAAAUUUUAUUUGUCACAUGCGCCGAAUACAGUGAAAUGCUUACUUACAAGCCCUUAACCAACAAUGCAGUUUUAAGAAAGAAUAUACAAUAUAAAAUAAUACAAAAUAAAAGUAACAAAUAAUUAAAGAGCAGCAGUAAAAAUAACAAUAGCGAGGCUAUAUACAGGGGGUACCGGUACCAAGUCAAUGUGCGGGGGCACCGGUUAGUCGAGGUAAUUGAGGUAAUAUGGACAUGUAGGUAGAGUUAUUAAAGUGACUAUGCAUAGAUAAUAAACAGAGAGUAGCAGCAGUGUAAAAGAGAGGGGGGGGGGGCAAUGCUUAUAGUCCACAAUGUGACCUGGAGCGCUGAGCGGGAAGGUGCGCGAAGCUGAGCAGAGCUGAGCAGCUGACGAAGGAGGGGUCGUAACCCUCAAAUCCCAGACAGAUUUAACGUCAACUUCCUGAGUCCGUCAAAUAGCUUUGCCCUCAGAUUCCCCUAUCGCUGCUAUGGGGGUUUGGCUUGCCAUCUGAAAAGGGAAACUUAACCCGACCCUGGUUCUUGCCCUUUUAGUGGGGUACACUUUGCAUACACAAUUGCCUACAUACCAGAGCAUAAUACUAACAGUCAGCUAGCCAUGUCAUUAGUCAGUUUGAAGGAAACACACAUUUCCCUGACACUCACUCACUCAUUCAUCCUGCAUACAGACUGUAACUCAGAUGUACUGUAUUUUGAAAAGAUAGAUUGAUUGAUUGACCGCAGAAGGCACACAGACCCUUGACGGCGCAAUCUGCCUCUUGAAGAUUGCCACUUAGUAUUUGCAGAGAAUAGCCUAGUUUAUGUAUCGAAAGCCUCAACUUGAUCUUUGACAGGGAAAACAGCCAUGCCAAGGCUUUGGAUAGCCUCACAUUGACAGAGAAAAACAUUUACAAAAAAUCAGAGCUGUCAUCAGAAGACUGGAUUGUGCGAUGAAAGUACAUUUCUGUAGAAGAAUAAGUGAGAUGUAUGCAGGCAAACUGUCCAAGCACAGCCCAUUUCAGAAACAGUCAGAUUCUAUAAGUGCGGAUGAUCUGGUUUCACACUUCAGUUUUGUUUCCAUCCCCUUCCUUUCUGUGCAGCACAAAUGUUUCUCUGCAAGAUGCAGGUGUCAGGUAGUUCCUCACACCACUGUGUCUGCCACCAUGAGAGAGAGGGCUUGAUGGAGGGAGUUAGUGAAACAUAAACUGCAGCAGUAGGACUAUACCGUGGAAGGAAUAAGCUAUAGGUUAUAGGCCUAUAUGAUAAAUGAACAUGGGCUUGUGAAUAGUUGUCUGGAACAGCGUUUGAAUGCCCUUGAGCAAGAUUCCUGAUGUGAGAUAUUUCCUAUGAUGUUGCUUGAUGAAUGGAUAAUACGUGAUAACAUGGCAGUAAGAGGCUGAGAGUUGGUGUGUCUACCAAUCAUAAUAAAUCUUAGCAAUGAAAAACAAAUUUAGGGGUACAUGGGAUAGAGUAGUGUUGAGGAAAGUUAUUUUUUGUUUUGGCCAUGUGUGGAAUAGAUUUGUUGUCAUCUUGUGAUUUUUUUUUUUUUACAGAUUGUGCCACUAAACUCAACAGCCUAUGAGCUUUCAAUAAUUGGAAUCUCUCAAUUUCUGUAUACUGAACAAAAAUAUAAACGCAAUUUUACUGAGUUACAGUUCAUCAAAGGAAAUCAGUCAAUUGAAAUAAAUUCAUUAGGCCCUGAUCUAUGGAUUUCACAUGACUGGGAAGGGGUGCAGCCAUGGGUGGGCCUUGGAGGGCAUAGGCCCACCCACUUGGCAGCCAGGCCCAGCCAUUAGGGAGCCAGGCCCAGCAAAUCAGAAUGCGUUUUUCCCCACAAAAGGGCUUUAUUACAGACAGAAAUACUUCUGUUCAGUGUAGUUACAGUUGCUCAUCAUAUUUGGUAAUGAGACUAGCUAUUUUUUGCUGAGAUCAUUGUAGCAUUAUGAUUUCAGUAGCGUUCUAUGGCCAGUGUAUGGCUGCCCUGGCUGCCAUGUUAGAUUGGAUAACUAAAACUUGUUGUUGUGAUCCAGCUUGGCUCCAGUUGACAACACAAAUCUCCCAGCUUAUCCGUGGCUAGGCUAAAGACUAGCUAUAACACAACCAGGCUUAAUCGCUUGGUCGCGCUCAUAGCGUUUAAAUUGAUUUAAGUUUACCCCAGCCAAAAUAAUAGAUUGUCUACUUCUAACAAAGUGACAGUUGGUCGACUCGAACAUAUUGCCUAGCAGCGCAAAAUAACCUACCUAAAAAAUCAGUAGGUCCAGUUGAAGAAAAUCAGUUCAACUGUCUGCCAUGCUGCAAGGAUAGAUAGGAGAGCCAGCUCCAUCAGGAGUAGUACUGCAAGGUAAUAUAGCAACAUAGGUUGUGGGGAUGGUGUUGGCCUUUGCAGUAUGUAAGUGUAAGACAUGGGCACAGAGUGUAAGCCUAAAACACUGGAAGGCAUGAUGUAUUCAGCAGUGGGUGGUGUAGUGUACGUUUUAGUGGUAUGUUAGUGGUGUGAGAGACAGUGUAUGGCGUCAGUGUAGGACAUGAGUACAGGGAUCGCUGGUUGGUUGUAUGUACGUAGGGCCUGCUGUCUGAUGAGUACCAGCCAGCCGGCAGGACUAAGCAGGCAGCAGUAGCAGUGGAGCAUAAUGUUCCUGCUUCAACACUUCAUAACCCUGUAGAACCCUGUGCUGCUGCCUGUGAUUUACGACCUAUGAGUUUCUCUGUGUUGUGUUUUCACUCUCUAUAAAAACCUUUGGGGAGUGUGCCCACUGCCAAACAGCCUUGGUUAUUACAGAGCAGUGGGCACACUCCCCAAAGCACUCAUCAUUAAAAAGGAUGAAGUUGGUCAGAGCACAUUUACAAGCAUUAGGGAGUUAUUUUUUAUCAAGCUUUGAGCACGUUGUUCAUGUUGAGAUUGAAAGCACCUGAAGCUAAAAUGCACACAAUCAGAACAAAAACAAACAAAUACUUUUUUGUGUGUGCUGCAUCGUUCUCCAGCCGUGUUUCUUUCUGUUUAUAUUGCAGCCUUUUCUCUAUCACCGUCUGUCUGUCUGUCUGUUGUCUCAAUCUUCCUGUCUUUAUCUUCCUUUAUCUCUGUCCUCCCUAUAUAUAUCUGUCUAUCUCAUUACAUUACAUUUACAUCAUUUAGCAGACGCUCUUAUCCAGAGCAACUUACAGUUAGUGCAUACAUUAUUUAUAAAAAAUUUAUACUGGCCGCCCGUGGGAAUCGAACCCACAACCCUGGUGUUGCAAACACCAUGCUCUACCAACUGAGCUACAUCCCUGCUGGCCAUUCCCUCCCCUACCCUGGACGACACUGGGCCAAUUGUGCACCGCCCCAUGGGUCUCCCGGUCGCGGCCGUCUACGACAGAGCCUCCCUAUAUAUCUCUGUCUCUCUCCUCCCUCUAUAUCUCUGUCUCUCUCCACCUCUAUCUCUCCUCUGUCUCCUCCCUCUAUAUAUCUCUCUCUCUCCUCCCUCUAUCUCUCCUCUGUCUCCUCCCUCUAUAUCUCUGUCUCUCUCCUCCCUCUAUAUCUCCUCUGUCUCCUCCCUCUAUAUCUCUGUCUCUCUCCUCCCUCUAUAUCUCCUCUGUCUCCUCCCUCUAUAUCUCUGUCUCUCUCCUCCCUCUAUAUCUCUGUCUCUCGCCUCCCUCUAUCUCUCUGUCUCUCUCCUCCCUCUAUCUCUCCUCUCUCUCCUCUCUCCUCCCUCUAUAUCUCUCUCUCCUCCCUCUAUCUCCCUGUCUCUCUCCUCCCGCUAUCUCUUCUCUCUCUCCUCCCUCUCUCUCCUCUCUCUCCUCCCUCUAUCUCUCCUCUCUCUAUCUCGCUGUCUCUCUCCUCCCUCUAUCUCUCCUCUCUCUCCUCUCUCUAUAUCUCUGUCUCUCUCCUCCCUCUAUCUCCCUAUCUCUCUCCUCCCUCUAUCCUUCCUCUAUAUCUCUGUCUCUCUCCUCCCUCUAUAUCUCCUCUCUCUCCUCCCUCUAUCUCACUGUCUCUCUCCUCCCUCUAUCUCUCCUCUCUCUCCUUCCUCUAUAACUCUGUCUCUCUCCUCCCUCUAUCUCUCCUCUCUCUCCUCCCUCUAUAUCUCUGUCUCUCUCCUCCCUCUAUCUCCUCUCUCUCCUCCCUCUAUCUUCGUCUCUCUCCUCCCUCUAUCUCUCCUCUCUCUCCUCCCUCUAUCUCCCUGUCUCUCUCCUCCCUCUAUCUCUCCUCUCUCUCCUCCCUCUAUCUCCCUGUCUCUCUCCUCCCUCUAUCUCUCCUCUCUCUAUAUCUCCGUCUCUCUCCUCCCUCUAUCUCUCCUCUCUCUCCUCCCCAUCUCCCUGUCUCUCUCCUCCCUCUUAUCUCUCCUCUCUCUCCUUUCUCUAUCGUUGUCUCUCUCCUCACUCUCUCUGUUUUUCUCUCUCUCUUUCCUCUCUCUCACUCUCUGUUUUUCCAUCUCUCUCUCUCUCUCUCUCUCUCUCUCUCUCGCUCUCUCUCUCUCUCUCUCUCUCUCUCUCUCUCUCUCUCUCUCUCUCUCUCUCUCUCUCUGUGUGUUUCUCUUCCUGUGGCUGUCUUCCUGUGUGUCUCCUUGUCAUAAGUGUUCCUCUUGAGGAGGCAGAGGCUCCAUAAAGGAGAAUUAAUGCUUGCUUUUUAAACGCUGCUCAGCAGAUGUUUACUCACAGGUACUGGCUGGCUGCUGAGUACUGGCUAUUGUAGCAGAAGCUGACACUCUCUCUCUCUCCCUCCUUCCCCUCAGGCGGACCUGACGGGGAUUAAAUGGAAGCGGUACGUGUGGCAAGGCCCCACCUCGGCACCCAUCCUCUUCCCGGUGACCGAGGAGGACCCCAUCCUGUGCAGCUUCAGCCGCUGCCUCAAGGUGGAUGUGCUGAGCGUGUGGCGGCGGAGCCAGAGGCCCGGACGUAGGGAGCUCUGGAUCUUCUGGUGGGGGGACGACCCCAACUUCGCCAAGCUGAUCCAUCACGAACUUACAGGUGAGACUGAGGCUAGAGGGAGUGGGCGUAGUCACACACACACACACACACACACACACACACACACACACACACACGCACACACGCUAGCUUGGCUAUAAUACCUGCCAUGGUCCAAUAACUUGAAACUGCAGUCCUAAGCCUGUGUGAUGGCUUUGGCCUAUUAACAGAAGAAUACAGUCCAAGCCACGGCCCUCUCAGAUCAGGAGAUUCACUCCUUUUUCCAUGCUGCUUCCAUGUUUUGGAUUGCCUUAGCUGGUCACAAGAGAUAAAUGAGGGAUUCAUUUGUCUUUCAAUGCACCUUUUUACGCAUUCACCCAAGAUUAUAGACGUAUAGACGUUUGAACGUCUUGAAGAACGAUCUGGCCUUAAUUGCCAUGUACUUUUAUCAUCUCCACCCGGCACAGCCAGAAGAGGACUGGCCACCCCUCGGAGCCUGGUUCCUCUCUACGUUUCUUCCUAAGUUUCUGCCUUUCUAGGGAGUUUUUCCUAGCCACUCUGCUUCUGCAUCUGUAUUGCUUGCUCUUUGGGGUUUUAGGCUGGGUUUCUGUAUAGCACUUUGUGACAACUGCUGAUGUAAAAAGGGCUUUAUAAAAUAUUGAUUAAUUGACAGAGCUGGUUAAAUGGGUGAUUAUUGUAAAAGAUCAUGAAAAGGGCUUGUUACAUCUGUUUAAAAAAGAGCACCUUGAUACACUCUCUUUGUGAUGAUGGUAGUAGUGAUCUGGUUGUAUAAUGGGAAAUAUUACAUGGUUCAGGACAGGGGUUGAUUGUGAGGCUGAUUGACGCUGGAAGCUCCGGGGAUAUCCAUUCCCUGUAAGUGAGAGCUUAGAAGGCGUUAGAGUUGGUGUAAUCAGAUAGCUCCCUUAGUUUCCCCCUCAUCCCCUAAAUGACAAGCAGCCAGCCUGGCAGAGAACAGCCUUCACCUGCACGUCAACUCCCACUGUUUGGAGCAAACGCUCACUGCAACCACAGUUUUUUUUUGGUGUUCACACACGUCGCAGCAUCUAAGCGUCUUCUGCCCUCUGGCACACAAUAAAGCAGCGCCCUGCACUUUGUGUCGCCGAGGCUGAACAAGAAAGCCUAUUCCAUCUUCCCAUUUAAAAAGGAGGAUAGAAAUGGAGCUCCCUCCUCCUCUCAUGACUUCUGUGAAAAAUGGAAUAUGCAGGAGCAACGAUGUAGAAAUGACCCUAUCACAUCAUGGAGGUCUGGCCUGGCGCUUUCGCUCUUUUUCCCCUCCCUCCUCGCGUUGUGUAUUUUUUCUGCAGCAGCAGUGGAGGAUGGACAGAGGCCUACUUUAUACAUGCUCUCUGGCGGGGAGAUUGAACUCCUGAGUCUGAGC